GCUCAUGGGACCCCCCUCACUUCCUGUUAUAAUUUUCCUCAGCAGAGUGUACACUUCUUGCCUGGAAGUAGUACCAGCAGAGGGAAAGAGCACCCCCACCCUAAGGCCAAUAUCACAAAAGUUCUAGAACGUCUAGAAUCCCUAAGGAGCACAUCCCUUUCUCAACUGUUGCAGUCCUUCACCCCCCUCAGCUCUCUGUAUAUUUUAAGGGAUUGUCUCAGGUUUGCCUUUAACACUGGGGAAAUGUGUAUCUGUACCAACCAGAGCUCAUGGUAAAUCAGUGCAAAGGUUGGUAAAACUGGCACAUUUUCCCUCCGAGCGGCUGGAAGGCAAGAGCAGCGCCAAUCCCAAGACUCCUCCGUGCGUAUAACGGGACAGCAGAGCCUGCAUCUCCCUCCACCUCUCUCCCCCCAGCUCCCUGAGUCCCGGAUGUUGGAUCCAAUCCUGCUGUUUUAUUCACUUCCAUAAAAGGGCAGCGGCUGUGGAAGCUCCUCGGGACUUUUUCCACCUAUCUUGAACACAUUCGCUGGACCCAAGCAUCUAGCCCCGGAGUUUUUUUUCCUUUAAUUUGUGAGUUCUGUCUCACCGCCUCCCACACUCCUCCUCCUCCUCGGGCUCAGUUUGCGGAGUUGUGACUGCUGCCCAGUGAGAGAUAGGAAGCAGCGAGGGGAGUGACUGCUGGGGUUGCUGCUGCUGCUGUUGCUGCCUGUGUGCUGCAGGGGAAACCAGAUUGAGAAGCAGUGACGUGAUCAGAGCUUGGGAAGAGGAGCCUGGGGGGACUCCAUUAGCCCUGAGCACUCGGGCUGGGAAGGAAAGGAGCUGACGCUUAGUGCUUCUUGUGCCUUCAUUCGUGCCCCUUGGAAGCUGAGAGGAAGAGGGGAGGGCAAGGAAAGGAACCAUGGCUUUGGAUGGUAUAAGGAUGCCAGAUGGCUGCUAUGCAGACGGAACUUGGGAGUUAAAUAUCCAUGUGACUGAUCUGAAUCGGGAUGUUACCCUGAGGGUUACAGGGGAGGUGCACAUUGGAGGGGUGAUGCUGAAACUGGUGGAAAAACUUGAUGUUAAGAAAGAUUGGUCAGAUCAUGCGCUAUGGUGGGAAAAGAAGAAAACGUGGCUCCUCAAAACCCACUGGACGCUAGACAAAUAUGGCAUCCAAGCAGAUGCCAAGCUGCAGUUUACACCUCAGCACAAACUGCUACGGCUGCAGCUCCCAAACAUGAAGUACGUAAAAGUAAAAGUAAACUUCUCCGACAAGGUCUUCAAAGCUGUCUCCGACAUCUGCAAAACCUUCAACAUUCGACAUCCGGAGGAACUUUCUCUGCUUAGGAAACCAAGGGAUCCUACAAAGAAAAAAAAGAAAAAAAUUGAUGAUCAGUGUGAGGAUAACAUUCUUGAGCUUGAGGGGCCUUUGCUGACUCCAGGUUCUGGAACUGAUGUUCUUUACAUUGGCCCAGUUAAAGGGAGUAUUUAUUCCAGUCCUGGUCUGUACAGUAAAACAAUGACACCAACAUACGACUCGCGAGAUGGUAGCCCCUUGUCACCGACCUCUGCCUGGUUUGGAGAUAGUGCCCUUUCUGAAGGAAACCCUGGUAUACUUGCCGUCAGUCAGCCAAUAACUUCACCGGAGAUUUUAGCCAAAAUGUACAAGCCGCAAACUCUUCUUGACAAAGCCAAAAUAAACCAAGGAUGGCUGGAUUCCGCUAGAUCUCUCAUGGAGCAAGAUGUGAAAGAAAAUGAUGCCUUACUACUGCGAUUCAAGUACUACAGCUUUUUUGAUUUAAAUCCAAAGUAUGAUGCAAUUCGAAUCAACCAGCUUUAUGAACAGGCAAAAUGGGCCAUUCUUCUAGAGGAAAUAGAGUGUACAGAAGAAGAGAUGAUGAUGUUUGCAGCUCUGCAGUACCAUAUCAACAAGUUGUCAGUCAUGUCUUCUGAAAAUCACUACAACAACAGUGACAAAGAAGUGGAUGAGGUUGAUGCUGCGCUGUCUGACCUAGAGAUCACGUUGGAAGGAGGCAAAACAUCAACUAUUCUGGGUGACAUUACUUCUAUUCCUGAACUUACAGACUACUUAAAGGUUUUCAAGCCAAAGAAACUUACCCUUAAAGGCUACAAACAGUAUUGGUGCACAUUCAAAGACACAUCAAUUUCUUGCUACAAGAGUAAAGAAGAAUCAAAUGGAACUCCAGCUCAUCAGAUGAACCUAAGAGGGUGUGAAGUGACACCAGAUGUUAACAUAUCCGGUCAGAAGUUUAACAUUAAACUCCUCAUACCAGUUGCUGAGGGUAUGAAUGAGAUCUGGCUCCGCUGUGAAAAUGAGAAGCAGUAUGCACACUGGAUGGCAGCUUGUCGGUUAGCCUCAAAGGGCAAAACCAUGGCAGACAGCUCUUAUAAUCUGGAGGUGCAGAAUAUUCUGUCUUUCCUGAAGAUGCAGCAUCUCAAUCCAGAUCCCCAGUUUAUUCCUGAUCAAGUAAACUCUGACAUAAACCCUGAAUGUGUUGUUUCCCCUCGAUAUCUGAAGAAGUACAAGAACAAACAGCCAGGCUAUGUAAGAGACUUGAUCACAGCCAGGAUCCUGGAGGCGCAUCAGAACGUAGCACAGAUGAGCCUAAUUGAGGCCAAAAUGAGGUUUAUUCAGGCCUGGCAAUCGCUGCCAGAAUUUGGCAUCACCCACUUUCUUGCAAGGUUCCAAGGAGGCAAAAAGGAGGAACUGAUUGGCAUCACAUACAACAGGCUUAUUAGAAUGGAUGCAGGCACCGGAGAUGCAAUCAAGACCUGGCGCUUUAGCAACAUGAAACAGUGGAACGUCAACUGGGAAAUAAAAAUGGUGACUGUGGAGUUUGCAGAUGAAAUGCGGCUGUCGUUCAUAUGCGCAGAAGUAGAUUGCAAAGUAGUCCAUGAAUUUAUUGGAGGUUAUAUUUUCCUGUCGACGCGUGCAAAGGACCAGAAUGAAAGCCUAGACGAAGAGAUGUUCUUCAAACUUACCAGUGGCUGGGUGUGAUUGCCUCCACCCCUCCCUCCAGCCACUAAAUUUAAAUUUACCAUGAGCUUUUUUAAUUAUUUUUUUAUUUUUACAUAUGCUGCUUAAAAGAAGAAUAAAAAAUAAGCUUGAAAUAUAUCCAUUCUAUGAAAUGUUUUGCAUUUAACAAGAUCUGUGUGCACUAAUUUGGACACCUCCAUUAACCUAGUCCUGCCUGUGGUCAGUGGUGGCAGUGUGGGUGUUUGUUACAGUUUUGCUGGCCAUGAAUGUGGCCAACAGGAAUGAUCCCACCCAAGCUAUGAGAGUGUGGGAGUCCGAAGCCAUUAACCCCACCAGUACCCAGGCGCUUAAACUAUUCAAGACCUAUUUAUCACGUGUAAUGCAUGUGUUUUUAUAUUUGACUUGUAAAGGUGACCUCGUGGUUUUUAAACUCUCCUGCCUUUUAACCCUUUGGGGGGCAGAGUGCACACUCAUUCAGCACUCAGGGUUAACCAUUUUCAGCUAGUCAUUUCACCGCAUCAGAUCAAACUCUCUGACUAUCCUGAAAAUGAAAGGGCCUGGGAGGAAAAGUAGUAUUCCAUCUGUAACCUGUCUCCUUCCUUCAUAUAUCUUCUCUUAUCAUUCUGUCUACACCAUAUAGUAUUAUGACUAAAGUAGUAUUCACCAGCAUACUCGCGUCAGAUAUGCAAUAUUUCAUGACGAUAUGAAGUAAAGGUCUAAUGAAGUAUACAUUUUUGUGUAACUUAUGUACAAACACAAAUUUUAUAAUAAUUGUACAGUUUUAUCUUUUUUUUUUUGUUUGUUUUUCAUUAGCCACAUCUGCCUUAGAUCUAGUGUAUCUGCAUUUGAAUGUUAUGCAUUUAUUAAUGUAUGUCUUUAAAACAUAUGCCUUAAUUUUUAGAAUCUUAAGUAUUUCACUACAGUAUUUGUCCCUGUUUGUGACUGAUUAUGAGAUGAACCUUUUUAUAUAGACAGGGCUGGCUGUAGAUAGGUGCCUUGGGACUAGAUGGUGCUCAGUUGUUGAUAGUAGCCACUGUAGGUAAUACAAUAUGAAGAUGGGCCUAACUGGCUCUUGACUCUUGUUGGCAGUAGUCCACAACCUGUGACACUGUUAACUGUUGUUGAACUUUAAUGUCCAACAAUGACUGGAGCUGCAGGUAGAGGAUCACUGCUCCAAGAAUGUUCAGAUCUCUUUUGUGCCACAGCACGAAUGCUCCUUUGUAGGUAAAUUUCCAAUCUGCUGCUUUGCUACUGGCCAGGCAUUAUAUAUAUCAGGGCUGUCCAACUGGAGGCCUGUGGCCAGAUGUGGCCCUCCCAUGGAUUUUUAUGGCCCUCAGACUGCUCGUAGGCUCCAUUUAAUUUAAUCUGGCCAAACGCACUUUGAGAAAUAAUUAAUCCUCUCCAUGUAAUGAAUUGGACAGCACUAAAAUAUAUAACAAAUAGAAAGGUGAUUGGAAUCUGCUUAUUUAUUCUGAACCCCAACUGAACAUGCCUUCCCUGAAAGCCAAAUGAGGAGAGAGAAAUGAUACAAAUGGGUUCACACCACAGUAUGUAUCUCUACCAACAUGACCGAAGCCCAAGGUCUGGAUGUGUUCCUAAUGUUAUGUUUGAAUGCAGGCAGCUGCAGUGUAUAUGCCUACUAAAGCGCAAACACUAAGAGACUCGGCUCCUUACUAUGCACUACAGAUAUUUACUGGUUGAAAGCCAUAGCCACGUCUGAAAUAAAGUAUUGAACAAACUAAUGCCUUUUCUGCUUUGAGCUAUGUAGUAUCUGGUUCUUGGCUGAUUAAAUGUCAAAGGCUCGCUUGUCACAAUAGGGUUAAUGAAAUAAGUUUAUUUUGCCAAUGCAUAAUGUUAUAGCUGCAUGAAACACUUUUACUUGCUGCAAAAUUCUGUGUUCAAACAUGUUUAUGAUAUGAAUUAAAACUAUGUAUAAAUGCUUUUUAUUUUAAAUAAAAGAUAACCUUUUAUUUAA